AUGGCGGCGCCCAGGCGCGCCGGGCGGCCUUAGCGAUCCCGGGCCGAGAUCUCCGGUGCCGUCCCCGUGCGCUGACACAGCGAUGGCGGCAGCGGGGGGCGGCGGGGCCGGCGGGGGCCCGCGGGACCCUCCCCACACGCUGCAGGGGCUGCUGGAGAUGGCGGUGGUGGCCGGCGAGGCGCAGCCCGAGCCCCGCGAGCCCAUGGGCGAGGAGAGGCAGCAGUGGCUCCGCGCCGCCGUGUCCGAGGCUCUGGGCAGUGCCGGGGGCGAUCGUGGCGAGCUCCAGCGCUGCCUGGCGAUCCUGGCCCAGCCCUGCCCGGGCGAGGAGGCGGCCGAGAGGGGCCCGGGGGACACCGGAGCUCACGAGCAGGCGCUGGAAGAGCUGGCCGAGCUGUGCGAGAGCCUGGACAACGCCACCG